UUCCCGCAUUUAGAGUCCUAGGGUUCUAGUUUUAGGGUUUGGCGAUCGAUAGGGCUUCGCGUGAAGAAGGCGAGGAGGCGCGGGGAAGCGCACCGCACUGCUAGCACCAGGAGAUCUAGAGCUCUAAGAUUUAAAAUGCGCUUUCGGGAACCAAGAAUCAGUGGAUAAGCGAGACAGGAGAAAGAAAAGGAUGAGCGCGAUCAACAUCACUAAUGUUACUGUGCUGGACAAUCCGUCAAUGUUCCUCAAGCCCUUCCAGUUUGAGAUUUCUUACGAGUGUCUCAUUCCCCUCAAAGAUGAUUUGGAGUGGAAGCUCAUUUACGUAGGAUCAGCCGAAGAUGAGAAAUACGACCAAGUUCUCGAGAGUGUUCUUGUUGGCCCUGUCAACGUUGGUAAUUACCGCUUCCUCUUUCAGGCGGACCCUCCCGAGUGGACAAAAAUCCCCGAUGAAGAUAUUCUUGGAGUGACUGUGCUGCUGCUAACAUGCUCGUACCUGGGCCAGGAAUUUAUCAGAGUUGGCUAUUACGUGAGCACCGAGUACGCGGACGACAGUCUCAACUUGGAGCCGCCGGCCAAAGUUCUCAUCAACCAAGUGAGACGGACUGUUCUAGCGGAGAAGCCACGGGUCACGAAAUUCCCCAUGGCGUUUAACGCGCCACUGGCGAACGAAAAGGUGGAGGAAGACGCAAACAACACGAGCAAUGGCAGCAAUCUCCUCCCCGUGGACGCCUCUUAAUGGUCGAAGCUUGUGUUCUCCUUAAACGUAAAUGCGCAACGAAAAAAGGAAAGAAGAACGAAGGAUGCCUUCGUUGAUUUUUCUAGGCGGGAGAAACUAUUUGGCACGUCUGUGUGCUUGCGGUUUAGCAUACACUCACAAACUCUUAGCUGGCUUUUGCGUAAGUUCUUGACCCCAUUUGUCUUCUCUCUUUCGUGUUUUUUCUUUGCUUUCUCGUUCUCGUUCUUCUUGCAACAGCGCAGACUCGUGUCCAAACUCUAAACAGCAUCCUCCUCUCGACAUCUGUAAUGCUCGAGAAAACGUUGGAAUCAAGUUUCGUCGUGCUCUUU